AGUCUGGAGCCGUAGUCUCGAACAUCUCACCAUGAAGACCUCAGCAGCAGUUUUCGCGUUGGUUUCCAUGCUCAUGGCCGGCGUUGAAGCUGCGGACCGUUGUCACCUGCGUGAACUCGAUCUGUGUGCAGCCACAGGGGCGACCAGCAACAGGAUUCCGACAAGCGAAGCCGAUGUCGACAAGCAAUGUAAAAUUUACCAAGAAGUGAGUGACUGCUUUGGUAACUACACGAAACUCUGCACUACUCCGAUCCAGCGUGAAGUCAUCAAUCUUCUGACCGAAGGCGUUCGCGAUACGCAAAAAAAGUUUUGCUCCCGCGGUGACAAGCUCCGUGCCGGGUAUUUGAAACACGCCCCGUGUUUGGCCAAAGCUCAACCUCAAGGCCGUAAAUGCAUCGAGGACGUGAAGGUCGGACUGCAAACGAUCGAAGAAGCCAAGUUCGCGGACCGAGUCGGAACUGCUUGCUGUGUCUACCUCCGUUACGCCGACUGCGCCACCAAAACCAUCGAAACUGUGUGCGGGCAGGAGGCUCUCGAGUAUGGGAACCUUCUACUGCGAGUGAUCACAUCGAACCUACCUGACGUUACCUGUCAGAAUUACAGGAAUAACCCCGCUUGCGACACUCUGAUCCCGCCCAGCGGAGCGAAGGCAAAAUCCAGUGCCAAGGGAGUAAUUUCCCGACUUUUCAAUGCAUACUAUUCUUGAGAAGUUUUCCAGAACAGAUGCAGCAACCUUUCACUGGAGGGAGUGAAUUUAAUGAUAGAAUCGACUCAUUCGUAGAUUUUGAAUAAAUAUAUCCCUCCCGUUUCACCGAGAGGAUGUUUGAUG